GAAUGGGACUUUUCUUUGUGGGUAAUUUCUUCUUGUCUCGAGUAAUCCUCCUGUCAUUUCUCCUAUCUUUGACUGAGUGAGCCGAUUGCGGUGGAUGUGAAACGGACGGUGCGACUCUCGGGUUCACAGUCGUUCCUCUCUCCUCGCUGUUUUCAUGUGCAGGCAGCUGACGGUGAGGACACCCAGCAUCACCGGGAAGCGUCGGAAACACUGAAACCCGCCUGGUAACGGUGACGGUGCCGUUUCUCUUUCCGUGUCUCUUGGUCGCAUACAUGAGCGGAAGAGUAGGAGACCUCAGUCCUAAACAGGCUGAAGCACUAGAACUGUUUCGAGAGAGAAUACAAGACGUUCUUCCUCAGCUUCCUGCACAACAUGACCACUUCCUGUUGCGCUGGCUCCGGGCUAGAAACUUCAAUGUGCAGAAAUCUGAGGCCAUGCUGAGAAAGCAUCUGGAGUUCAGAAAACAGAUGAAAGUAGACACAAUAACCACUGAUUGGCGCCCACCGGAGGUGAUAGAGAAGUAUCUGUCAGGGGGGAUGUGUGGUUAUGACCGUGAGGGCAGUCCCAUCUGGUAUGAUGUGAUUGGACCGGUUGACCCCAAAGGCCUCUUCCUGUCUGCCUCCAAACAAGACUUCAUCAAGUCCAAAAUCAGAGACUGUGCAAAGCCACUGGGGAGCAAUGUGGAGUCAAUCACCAUGAUCUAUGAUGUUGAAGGUCUGGGUCUGAAGCACAUAUGGAAACCUGCUAUAGAAACAUAUGGAGAGAUCCUCCAGAUGUUUGAAGACAACUACCCAGAGGGUCUGAAGAGACUUUUUGUUAUUAAAGCCCCCAAACUCUUUCCUGUGGCCUACAACCUUGUCAAGCACUUCCUGUGUGAGAACACAAGGCUAAAGAUCUGCAUUCUGGGGGCGAACUGGCAGGAAGUUUUACUGAAGUACAUCGACGCAGAAGAGCUGCCUGCGAUAUAUGGGGGCAAACUGACAGAUCCUGAUGGAGACCCUCGAUGUCGGACCAGGAUAAACCAUGUCGGCCCAGUUCCCUCCUCCUACUAUGUGCGAGACCAUGUUAAAGUGGAUUAUGAGCAGUGUAUGACUGUCAGUCGAGGUUCUUCCCAGCAGCUGGACUAUGAGAUCCUGGCCCCAGGCUGCAUCCUCAGGUGGCAGUUUGCCAGUGAGGGGGCAGACAUUGGUUUCGGGGUGUUUCUAAAGACUAAAAAGGGUGAAUGGAAGAAGGCAGGUCAGAUGCUGGAAGUUUUGCCGAGCCAGCGCUACAAUGCCCACUUAGUGCCCGAGGAUGGGUCACUGACCUGUGAACACCCAGGAGUCUAUGUGCUGAGAUUUGACAACACCUACAGCCUCUUCCAGGCCAAAAGAAUUAGUUUUACUGUUGAGGUCCUGCUCCCAGACCAGCUACAGUCCUCACCGACCAACGGGAAGUCCAGCAGCCAUGUGCAUGCUGAAGGCAGCAGCCAUCUAUAACUAAGAAGAUGUCACAAUGUGCCACUUCUGAGUUGUUUAGCUGCCACUGGGCACAGCCUGAGAUAUUUGACUUGAAACAGGAACUGCAACAUGCUUCCAAUAUACAAAAUAUUAUUGGGAUGCACAUUCCAAAAUGUGAAGGGACUUAAAGUAGCUUUACACUUUGUUGUAUCUUUGUUGUAUCCAUUUUCAGGAGGACAUUACAGGAGACAAGAAUCUUGGGAAACAUGUAGUCGGCUGCUAACUAGCGAUACUGUCCCCUCAAAGCAAAGUGAGAGCAAACAAGCUAACACUACAUAACCCAAUUAAAUGUUGUCAAGGGCUGUUAUUAGAAAAUGAAACCAUUUUGUUUGGUCUUUGUUCAGCCCAGAUGGUAAGCUAGAAGCUAACUAACAAGCAAGCUAACCAUGCUAAAUUCAAGUGGUGUUAUUCUCCAAAGUCUUGUGCUUAUAAAACAAAUAAGGUUCUUGUUAUGGACUGUAGGUGCAUGGCCUUUUUUGCUGCAUUGCUGCCAUUUAUAUAUUCACCAUCAACUACAAUUUUCUUUCUGCCUUCAAGUUAAAGACAAUCACCUUUAUUGGCCAAGUAUGUUACACACAAGGAAUUUCCAGUACAGAACCGAGUACAGAAAGUUGCUACAUUGAGCAUCAAAUUAUAAUUUCCAUGUGGAAGUUCAUGCAGUAAUUUGUAAUGAGGUCUAAACAGUUAAAUUGUGUUCAUCUUUCUAUUCUUUAGCAGUUGUGCCUCUAAUGAACACAGAAAGAUGUCUGUCCCUCUUUGCUUAAUAAGAAUGGACUUUCAUCUUCAGGAAGCAUUCCUUUAAAAUAUUUAUUUUCACAUUUGUAAUUUAUUUA